AACAGUGUAGAUCCGUAAAGGCCACAUAUUUUGGUGGCAUACUUCUGUUUGUUAUGUUUGACGCUAUGUCUGUCAUUCGACAUGUAUGGAUGGUGUCGUAAGCGUGUAGUGUAGGAGUGGUAGGUAAAAUAAACAUUAUGUUUUGUUACUUUUUGGUGUCAGUUAUGAAAAUGCGUUCGAAAGUGUCCCGUUAUGAACGAUAAUGCAGAAUCUAAUUUAACAGAAAAGGUUUCUUCCAACAACUGCCCCUCUAGUAGUGACACGCCAAGUAGAAGUAUGACUGAAGAUGAUACGAACUUGCUGCUCAUCGAAGACCAGCCGGAAGUACUUGAAGCUGCUGCAAGAGUACCUGCCUUGUCAAUCAGUUCGUCUUCGAAAUUAUCAAGUACCAGCCAUAAUCUUGAAGCGGUCGACGGUUCCGCGAAUGUGUACAUUAAGGAUCAGGGUCAACAGCAUUCUUACCAAAGAAAUGGAACGGAUACCCAGUACCAGAAUAGUGCCACAUAUGGAAGUCUUCCACCCUCCCUCUCAAGGAAUGGGGAAACCUUUUCACAUCCACGACGAAUUAUUUACUGUGUUCACGGCAAGUCAAGUGGAUGCUGUGUUGUCACCGAGGGUGAAGUCGUUGACAGACCUGGCGGCCUUUCCCCAGCCACCUCUCGUGAGAGACGUGAUUCGAUGACAAUCAUGGAUGGGCACUGUCAUCGUGAAAGGGAUGAGCAGGUGGACAGCAAGGCAAGAAGGAAACUGAUAGUUGCCAGCGUUCUGUGUGUCAUUUUCAUGGUGGGUGAAACAGUUGGAGGUUAUCUUUCGUCGAGCCUGGCCAUCGCAACAGAUGCUGCUCACUUGUUGACAGAUUUCGCCAGCUUCAUGAUCUCUCUUUUUUCAUUAUGGGUUGCAAGCCGUCCUCCAACACGCAAGAUGAGCUUUGGCUGGUAUCGUGCAGAAGUUAUAGGUGCACUAACAUCUGUGCUUAUGAUCUGGAUAAUCACUGGAGUGCUUGUAUAUAUGGCCAUUGAAAGAAUUGUAACCAAAGAUUUUGAGAUUGAUGCCACAAUCAUGCUGAUAACUUCUGCAAUUGGAGUUGGAGUAAAUUUGAUAAUGGGUCUUACUUUGCACCAGCAUGGACACUCACAUGCAAGUAGUAACAAUUCAUCAGAUAUACAGAUUGAGAAUGGAGCAUCUACAGAAAGUAUUACUACACAGCAGAACAUCAAUGUUCGUGCCGCCUUCAUACAUGUCAUUGGAGAUUUCAUCCAAAGUGUUGGUGUCUUCAUUGCAGCACUUGUCAUAUAUUAUAAGCCUUCCUGGAGCAUUGUAGAUCCAGUAUGCACAUUCCUGUUUUCAGCUCUUGUUCUGAUGACAACAUUUGCUAUUAUAAAGGAUACUGUAAUUGUUCUCAUGGAAGGAAUUCCAAAAGGAAUAGAUUUUGCAUCAGUUAUGAACACCUUCUUGCAAAUUGAUGGUGUUGUAAGAGUCCAUAAUUUGAGAAUAUGGGCACUGAGCCUAGACAAAACAGCACUUUCUGCUCACCUCGCUAUAAGACCUGGAGUAAGUCCUCAGAAGGUACUGAGGCAUGCAACUCGUGAUAUACAUGCACGUUAUAAUUUCUUUGAAAUGACUCUUCAAAUUGAAGAAUUUGUUGAAAAUAUGGAAGAUUGUACUCAAUGCCAGUGUCCACCAAAAUAAAAAAAGGGACCUUUUUGUAUGAGUAUGUUUUGUGUGUUUUACCUUGUAUAAUAAAGUGUAAUUAUGAUCUCUUAUAGAGCACAUUACAAAUAUUCUUCGAAAUUUUUAUUCAUAUAUCUUUAUCAUGCCUGUGAUGAAUGCUGUGAGUUAAAUAAAUGGAGACUAUAUAAUGUGUUUAUAGAAAUGAGAGAGAAGUAUCUAUGUCAAAACAUACCAAGUAAAAAAUAUGUCAAGAAAGACAACUGUGUACAUAUCGUGUAUAUAUUUGUGGUUGUAUAUGUGUAGGUACCAAUUCCAGUGCCUUUUGUUUGAUAUAUAUUUGCACUUGAAAUUUUGUACUGCAAUAAUCAUUUAAUAAACUUAUUUGUGAUGUGCAUCUAGAAA